AUGCUCGCUGAGUCGCACGAAGCGCAACUUCACGAGUCAAUGUCUGCCGGCAGACUAGACUCUCAUACGAUGGCCACCAAAGACAGCCCAACUACCAUGCACGACCAAUCUCCCAUCAACGAAACCUCAUUCCUCAGCCUCUCAACCACUCCCAAUACCUCUGCGCAACCCUCUCACACUCCCAGUCCCACCAUCUCACACUUCGCUCUAACCUACCUCAUUCCCGACCCUCCCGUCUUCUACGGCAGCGACUUCCGACACACCAAAAACAACAUCAGCUUCUCUGAAUGGUACGUCAAAAUGAACGGCAAACUCGCCUCAAUGGCACCACUGGACGAGCAGACAAAAGUCAAUUACAUCGUCAGUUGUGUUACGAGCGAAGCGUUUUACGAUUUACUUGAUGAGGAUCAUCGACGGGGUGGUUUUCGGACUGCGAGGGAGAUGUUGAAUUAUUUGAUGGAGCAGUGGGAUGCUGAUGUUAGGAAAGUUGAUAUGAGGUUUGGUCGUGGAUAA